AACAAAUUGCUGCUCGCUGUCUACUGUCCGUGUGUCUUAUAAGCCCUCGCAGCGAUAAUUUGGAGGGGCAACGCCAUGGCUCACGGUGGCCACAGCAAGCGGCGGGUGAACCCCGCCGGACAUCGGUCCAAGUCGGCCUUGGGCCCGGAGAAGAAGCCCAAGUCCGUCACCCUCAAAAACCAGAUUCGCUCCAUCGAGCGCAUGCUCCGUAAGAAUCUACCAGCUGAAGUUAGGGAGGCUCAGGAAAAGAAGUUGGAAGGAUUCAAGAAACAACAGGAGAUUCACUCCCGUCUCGCUGUGGAACGCAAAAUAUUUAUGCGUGACAGGAAGAUAAAGUUUUUUGAGAGAAGAAAGAUAGAGAGAAGAAUAAGACGCCUGGAGAAACUCCAACGUGCUUCAUCGGGUCAGGCACAAGACGCAGAGGUUUCUGUGAACCUUUCGAAAUUGAAAGAAGAUCUUGAAUAUGUUAGGUUCUUUCCCAAGACUGAAAAGUACGUCUCUCUAUUUACUGGAGGUGAAGAUACAGGUGUGAUUGAUACGAGAAAUAGGUUGCGAAAGCAGAUUAAGGCCAAUAUAGUUGCUGCAGCAGCUAGCGGAAAGGAUUUGGAAGAAACAGGGAGUGAGGACGAUGGGCUUGUGGAUAUGAGCGAAGAUGAUUUCUUCCUAAAUGGGAGUUCUAGUGAUGAAGCAGAUGCAGACGAUGAAUGGACAGAUAAGAGUACAAAGGAACAGGUGUCCAGUGCUUCAGGAAAAGCAACUUCUGGCAUGUCCAGUGAUGAGAGAAAUCAGCGACAGAUUUCUGCUAGAGCUUUGAUGCCUCCUCCCCGGCCAUCCAGCAAUUCUCACCCAAGUUCUGUUCGUGCUCAGUCAAGGUUUGGUCCUUCAUCAAGCAAAAAUUCCUCAAAAAGCAUCAGUGAAAUGGCCACAUCAAGCGCUACAUCAAAUAGCAGAAGUGGAACUUCCAUCAAUACAUCAAGUGGCAGAAGUGGAACUUCGUUCAAAGCUAGGGUAUCCUCUAAUUCAACUGCAGGUCAAAGUAGUAAUUUGAGCUCCAACUCUGAUGCUCAUAAACCCCGUAGAAAGAGGAGGCCAAAGAAGAAAAAGCAGCAGGGAUGAGUGGAAGUUGCUUGGUGCCGAUGAGACCCUUCGCUUUUUAAGGAUUCGAUCACUUGAGUUGCUUAUGCGGAAUUCUUACAGCUCAGUCUUGACAAUGAAGUUGGAAGGCGGUGCUUACCGCUCUAUGUAACAAUUAGUCUUUAACUCCAUGCCUACUCACUCCGAGCUAGGCUUGAUUUAUUUUGAGAAUUUGUACAAACUUGUGAUGUAGUGAGAAUCACUAAAUCCCUGGAUGGCACGGCACGGACUUCUUGGUGCUCAUUGAGAAAUUCAUAUUGGAAUUGGAUCGUGCCCUAGUUUAUUUA